AUGGGCGAUUCUGAUUGGCCAGCUGUUCUCGUUGAACUUCAAUGUAUAAAUGCAAUAACCUUGACGACGCUGCUUCCCAACGGGAACGGCAACUGCAAGGACGAACGGCAACGGCAACGUCAAUCUAUAAAUCCCUCUUUACUGAUAUACUAUGCAAAUCGUACACUUUUUGAUAUAACUUCAUGUAAAUGUACCGAUUUUAGUUUAUGCAAGUGCAAAAUAAAAGUUCCUCUAAAAGAGAGGACGUUUUUACUAGACCAGCGUAGUAAACGUAAAAUGGCAAUUAGUUCUGUAGAUGUAAUGGAAAUUAAGAAAAUAGAAAGAAAAAUAGCAAGGAAAUUAAAAGAUACGCCUAAAAUAAUCAGAAAACCAAGACAAACAGAAACGGUCACACAAGACGUUACUUUGCAAGAGUCUGAUCUUUCCGAUUCUAACUCGGAUGUAAAAGAUGCUUUAGAAAUUGUUAAAUGUCAAUCAGUUGCUUCAAGUUCUCAGUCAACUAAAGCGUGUGACAGAACAGCUGUUUUGGAAGAUCUUAAUAUAGUUACUUCAGUCGAUCCAUCAAAAAUAAUUGACAGAAGUAAAAUACGUCGUGCUAGAAAAAGGCAGAGAUCUAAAUAUGAGAGCAAAAGCAAGGAAUUUGUAACGUGUUUAUUCUUUGACGGUCGAAAAGAUAAAACAAUUGCGCAAAACAUGAGGGGAAACAAACUUCAUAGAAAUACUGUAAUAGAAGAACACAUUGUGUUGGUAUCAGAACCAGGCUCAAAAUAUAUAGGUCAUGUGACACCGCUGUCCGGAUCUGCAUAUAAUAUUAAACAAGGAAUUGUGAAGUUUUUAGAGGAAAGGGUAGAUUUUUCUAAUUUAGUUGCCAUAGGCUGUGACGGAACAGUUGUGAACACUGGAAAUAAAAAUGGUGCCAUAAGAAUGUUAGAACUCUAUCUUGAUCGCCCCGUUCAAUGGCUGAUCUGUCUUUUUCAUGCAAAUGAGUUGCCGCUAAGGCACUUAAUGCAGAAGUUGGAUGGACCUUCAACUGGACCUCAUGGAUAUUCUGAACUUGUUCCUAAUGAUCUAAGUACCGACCAAAAAUAUUUAUGGGACAUAUGUCAAGCUGUUACUUCUGGUGUUUGCUCGGAGAGCCUAAUUCAUAGAAAGCCAGGCAAAUUAACCCAUUCCCGUUGGCUAACAGCGGCAAACAGGAUACUAAGACUAUAUAUUUCCUCAAAUGAAGUAACAAGGAACCUUCAAAUUUUAACCGAAUACGUGGUUAAGGUUUACGCACCUUUAUGGUUUUAUAUUAAGCUUAAGCCAUCAUGUAAAGAGGGUCCUCGCCAUUUGUUAAAUAUGAUUAAAUGGUCCAGGCAUUUUGAGGAAGACGUUCUAAAAAUCAUUGAUCCAGUCAUACAAAGAAACGGUUUUUAUGCCCACCCAGAAAAUAUUUUAAUUUCCAUGGUGACAGAUGAAUCUAAAUGUAUACGAGAGUUAGUUGUACCAUUCUUUUUACAAGAAGAGUUAGGCGGUGGGAAAGGGAGGUGGUGGUGGAAGGAGGUGGAACUCGAAAAGCAGCCACCUCCUCGUGGAACAAUCCGAGAAAAUAGAACAAGUAGCUGUCCUUUGCAAUCAAGUAAGGUGCUCUCAAAACAAAAAAGAGGAACCUUUGAUUUUAAAUUUGAUGAAUCAAAUCAAAUUGCAUUGAACCUCUUUCUUCUGCCAAAAGAUAUGAUAUCAAAAUAUAAUAAAUACAUGGGAGGGGUGGAUUUACAUGAUAAUGGUGUGGCAAAUUAUAGAAUACGUGUGAUGGGUAAAAAGUGGUGGUGGCCACUUUUUAUAAAUACAAUCGACAGUGCCCUAGUGAAUUCUUGGAAACUCUUCAACAUGGACGAACUUUUUGGUCGCGACCCAUUGAGUGGUGCGCAGUUUAGCCACUUUGACUCAAGGAAUGACUUUAUCGAAUUAAAACUAUUGGAGAGUAAAGUAGCUGAUGUUAAAGUUAAUAAUUUAAACAGUGCUCCACUGAAGAUAUCAAAGAAAAAAUUCGACGAUCUUACUUCGCUAUGUAAAGGAGAUACUCCUGUUGACAAUGACAAUAUACCUUUUAACCCUAUCAAAAUUUUUGGUCAUGAAAUUAAUGCACUACUUUAUUCCGGAGCCAAUGUUUCCAUAAUUGGUGAAUCUUGCCUCAAAAAGUUAUUUUUUUUGUUCAAUUUAAUUGUUAAUGAUGCUAACGUUAGCGUAAGUACCGCUGAUGGUAACAACCAGACAGUUUUGGAGUACAUUGAUAUUAUUAUUUCACUAAAUGACAAUAGAGUGACCCCUUUAAUUACUGUUGAUAUUGAUAUUGGUGAUGCUUCAUCUAUUAAACAGAGAUAUUAUCCACUCUCUCCGGUGAUGCAGGAACAUAUGAACAAAGAGAUAGAUAAAUUGUUGACUUUAGGCGUUAUCCAACCUUCAAAAUCUCCGUGGAGUAGUCCUAUCUUAUUAGUCAAGAAAAAGAGCGGGCGAUGCAUACCCAUUACCUUUUAUUGCGCAUAUCAGUUGCAACAGUCACGGUUUUUGUCCUCUAUUGAUUUGCGUAAUGAUUUUUUGCAAAUCGGGCUAACUAACUAUGUAAAACACUGCUUUUACAGUUACUGCUGGACAGUUCCUCAAGGUUUGAAAAUUUCCCCUCAGGUACAAACUCGAAACGAUAAAGAAAUGUUUACUGUUACCACUAACCAGACCGUUCUACUAGAAAAUCGCACCAUUGUUAGAAGCCCUGAUGUUGUAAUUCUAAGUGCUGAAAAAUACCAGUCGAAAAAUACUGAAGUCAAUCCUGUUCCAAGCACAAUUAAAUCAUCCGAUGGGAAAAUAGGAAGAACAACAAAAAAAGAAUUUGAAGAAUUGUUGCAUUUUGCACAGCAAAAUAAAAAUAUUUUGAAUUCUAAAUUGAAGACCACAGAAGAAGAUAAAUUAAAUUCCUUGUGGAAUGACCUAUCCACAAGAAUUAACGCAAAAAACAUUGGCCCGGCAAAGACGUCGAGCCAAUGGAAGCAAGUUGAAGAGGCUGGUGUCUCAGCCUUAGCCCUAGCCGCAGCAUCACCUCCAGUAACUGCUGCUUUGCUGCGAGUCAAACUCGCAAAAGAGCAGCAACACCAGAUAAGACCUGAAGAUGUUUGA